AUGAAGCUUAUCAUCAUUACGCUGGUGUCAGGUGGAAUCAGGGUGUCAAAUGCAGCUCCUGGACUUUGGGAGCAGUGCCGCUCGCAGAAUGGUACGGAGAUCGAAUGUGCUGGAGGACUCGUUUGUGUGCCGGACGUGGAACACUACGGACUCUGUUAUCUGAAAGUAGUGAAGAAGUCGGGUCAGUGUGGUGGCCUGGGCUGGAAUGUGAGUUGCGUGAACGGCACUACGUGUUCGAGACAAAAUGAAGGUUGGGCCUCGUGCGAACCAACUGUCGAUGAUCUCUACAGGGCCGCCGAGUGGCAACAAUGCGACCCCAAAAACAGUGGCAACACGUGUGCACAUGAUCUUAUUUGCGUGAAUGAUGACGAUUACCAUGGUCUGUGUGUCAAGCAACUCAUGCAAGGUUAA